GGGGGGGGUGACCAAUUGCCAGCAGCUGUUGCUCAUUUCACAGUGGCCCCGCCCCCUUACAGUGCUGAGGCCGGCAGUGAGUGAGCGAGCCCACGACUCCACACUGGAUGAGCAGCAGCAGUGCACAGAGGGACCGGCACCAGCGAGGAUCCUCCACCGAUCGUGUCAGUGAAGUUCGUCAGCGACUGCUUCCGGAGGAACAGAUCGACCGAGGUUGAAGACGAGAGAGAAAAGAAGCUGGAGACUCUCCUCUCUCCUUCUCCUCUGAGUGGAGAGAAGUUUUCUGUGCCUGGCCUCAGGCUGAGUUUAUUACUCCACUUCACAGAGAGAGAGAAGCCCAGAGCGGAGCCCAGAUCGUGUUGAGGGCUAAUUCAACCCCUCCGUCCCUCCGCUGGUGGACCAGGUAACUGUCCCGUCUGCCUCCGUCCUCCAGCCGCCUCCCCAUGUUCCUCCGGGCGCAGCGGAGGGCAGGGCGAGCGCACACAGCCUGCCGACGCGCUCCGUGACUGGGCAUGGCGCUCCAGAGGAGGCUGGUCCUCGCCGCGUUGACCGUCGGCUCCCUGCUGUGCAUCUACAUCCUGUGUGUGAACCUGGAGGGGCCCCUGUCCUGGUCCGUGAUCCCGCUGAGCCCUGUCCCGGGGACGAGCAGCAGCUCACGAGACUCCGAGGAGCCUCUGGACAGAAAGAGGCAUGGUGCCUCCACCUUUCACCCAGAGAUCUCCACCGGAACGGCUCCGCAUGAAACCACACGGGCCCCUCCGACUCCUCCGGCCCCUCAGGCCCCUCCGACCCGGCAGCAGGGAGUCCCGGGCGUCUCCGGGUCCAGGACCAGCACCAGGGGCCCCACACAGGCAACCGGACCAACGGAGCCUCCCUUCAUCGGAGACACGUACAUGACGGAAGACAUCCCGCCGCAAACGAACUGCUCGGACGGCGUCGGGACUCGAGUCGCCACCACGGAGUUUGCCGGGCGCUUUCUGAAACGCGUUCCCGUCCUGCAGUGGGCCAAUCACGUGAGCCCAGAGCAACACCGGCGCCUGAGCAACUACCCGGGAGCUCACGGCUGGGGAGGGCUCGACUACAAAACGCUGGAGGAAACUCUCUCCGUCCUCAACUCCUCCGCCAACCGGCAGCUGCUGGACGACUGGAGCGAGCGCCGCAACGGGUCCGAGUGCAUCCGCUGCGCCGUGGUGGGAAACGGAGGGAUCCUGAAGGAUUCCAGGAAAGGGAAGGAGAUCGACGGUCAUCACUACGUGUUCAGGACCAACGGGGCGGUCAUCGAGGGCUUUGAGCAGGACGUGGGCUCCCGGACCACCCACUACACCUUCUCCACCAACACGCUGAUGAACUCCAUGAGGAGCUACGCAGGAGUCGGCUACAGAGGCCCGCCCCUGUCUCAGGAAACACGAUACGUCUUCCUGCCCGACCACGACCGGGACUACCUGCUGGUGAAGGCCGCGGCCACGCACACCGCGGUGGGGAGGGGGCCCGAGCGCGCCAAAGAUCCCACCAGGUACUUUGGGGAGGACGUGUCGGCUGAGAAACUGAAGAUGUACCACCCCGACUUCAUCCGUUACCUCAGGAACAGAUUCCUCCGAUCCAACGCUCUGAAAACCAGAUACAAGAACAUCUAUCGGCCCUCGACCGGAGCCGUGAUGCUGCUGGCCGCGCUGCACGCCUGCGACCAGGUGAGCGCCUACGGCUUCAUGACCCCCGACUACAAGAACUACUCGGACCACUACUACGACAGCAGCUACCACGCGGUCGGCUUCUUCAUCAACCACGACCUGCGCAUGGAGAUGUCUCUGUGGCAGCAGCUGCACCAGGCGGGCCUCAUGCGACUCUACAUGCACCAGUGACUCCCGGGUCGAGCUGACCACGAGGUGACGGGACGGACCCCGCCCCCCUCGGUCCACGAUGACUCUCGACGAGCAAAGUAAACGUGUAGCGGACGUUUUCUUGUUAUGAAGGAAACUGCAAAAACCUUAGUGGCGCGACUCGGUCGGGCCACUAACUUAAAAUAUCCCGUCUCCCCUAAAGAGACGGUCGGAGCACUGCUGGCGGGGGCCAAGGUCUAUUCUGACUUUCACCCACGUUGUGUUCUGUCUCCCUGAGUCUGUCUGAGUUCUGACUGAGGUCGGACACAAGAAACACGAUCGCUGAGUUGGACUGUAAAGGUCUUUGGGACCUGAAGGUGUAUUUUGUUAAAGGGACGUAACUUAUUUUUUAUCUUUCAAGCACACGAGUGUUCUUCUGUUGUGACGACAGGAACAGCGUUUGGGCUCUUUCAGUGCCUGAUCAAUGUGAAUCAGUGAUUUGGAUCAGGCAUUUUGACCGAGGUGGAUAUUUGCGCGUUGAUUCGGGACGAACAAGGACGUGUGGUCUUUUUUUAUCUGGCGUUGGACAACGACAGGCCGAAGUUCAUUGAUUCAUCUCAAGCUGGAGCUAACUGAAGCAUCGCGUCUAACUGCGCGGCUGCGUCGUCUCUAUUAAUAAACAGAUGAUAUUUAUAUUGUGUUAAAAGCGAAAUGACCACGUACUGUACAGGUCUGAGAAAAGAAAACCAAAGACGCACACACACUGUAAAUCAGGGGAUAUUUACAUUUUUCAAUCCAAGGGAUCCAGUCAUCUGAAAUACUGACCCGUGUUUUUACAAUGUGUGAUGGGAGGAAGAGCUUUUUUUGUGCAAUUUCUAACUCUGAUUUUGAACUUAAAAAAACAAACAAUCUUUAUUAAAGGAAAUUGUGAUUUUGUGA